CCCAUCCCGUCUGCCUUUCAGCUGAUGAUGCAUGUGGCAGAAUAGGCUUGGGGAGCAUUGCUAUAGCAACCGCAAACAGAAAGGCACUUCAGAGCAAUCUCGGAGAGGAAAUGUGACCUAGGCCAUUACACAUCUACAAGCCUCACAAGACAGCAGGAUCACUUCUAAAGGUAAGACUGAAGGUGACAGCGGCGAACAUGUCGUGGUUCAGCUGGAACGAGCCGUACUGCCGGAGCUCCCGACGUGAGCCGUCUGAAGUGGUGACGGACACCCUGAUGCUGGAGCUGAGCUGGCAGAUGAAGGAGGCCGAGAGACAGCAGCGGGAGCGAGACAAUGAGUACCGGCGGCUGAAGAGCGGCGUGGACUACAGCUGGCUCGUGAGCACGCCACGCAGCUCUUAUGACAUCAGCCAAGGAGAGAGACUCGGCCUUGAGGACCUGUGCAGCAAAGUACCACCAUCAUACUGCGGAUCCGUAAUACAGAGGUUUCGGCAGGUGCUGAUGGAGAACGAGCCUGAGGUGCAGGAGGUUUCCGGACUCUUCCGCUCUGUUCUCGUGGACACACUCGAGCGCGUUCACGAGGAGCAGGAGGCCCAGCGUCUGAACCACCAGUGGAACAACAGACGCUCCAUAAGCCUGUCGCUGAUGAGCUUCAAGUCUCGCGUGCGGAUCAACCCUUUCGGCAGCACCUUGGGACUGAAAUCAAACAGCUACGGCUCGGAGGAAGAUGGAGUAGACGUCAAGACUGUGUGCGGGGAUGUCGAGAAAGGCCUCGGUCAGACGACGGAGAAAGCGCAGCGCGUGUGGAGCAUGCCAGAGUUUCGGCACAAGGGAAUCAAUGGGAAAGCUUGAGCGCCCGGGAGCGGGAUUCAGCCGGAUCCGGUCCAGUCAACGACUGUCUGAUAUUCCCAGCAUCGCCUUCGAUGUCAGUGUAUUUAUAUUUCCAAAAGUACGGAGGGAAGAGGUAGGCCUGUGCUGAUGUUGGGAAUAAAACUUAAGCUAAACCUCAAAAGUCAAUAAAAACGCUACAAAGACUACAAUUCAUAAAGCCACGCUUUUCAUUUUUGACUGAAUGUGCAUAUAUGCAGUAAAGCCAGAUAUUUGCCUGAUCACUUAAUAUCAGAUUCGGUUUGUACGAGUUAUUCUGAAAUAAUACAGUUGCUGUGAACUUUGUAAAAAAACGACCCUUCUGUUUUACAUUGAAUAUAAUAAAAAAAUAGGCUAUAAUAUUCAAGUGCAGGUCAACUCUUCAGCUUUUCAGAGCAGGUGGUGCUGUAUAUGGUGUGGAAAUGUUCAGAUGCUUGUGACUGGUAGAUUUUUACUUAUUUAUUUAUUGCUUGUUGUAUGGCAGGUUUGUUACGGAUGUGCAAACGUAUAAGUGGUCGCGAAAAAUAUUUAAUUUUAAUUACUUCGUCAACCGAGUUACAAUCAGCGUAACUAGAAUGUAAAUGUACGAAACCAAUAAAGGUUUUAAUUUCAUUGUGCUGAAAAAAAAAAUAAAGAAUCAUGCACUUUUGCUUCUAGAGUUUGUGCUUCUGAAUAUGCACCUUACAUUUUAUUGCCUCUUUGUUUUCCGAAACCCAUUUCUGAAAAAAAAAAGCCAUUAUACCUUUCGCGUUCUUUCUAAAGAGUAAAAGCCCGACCUUUCCUUUUUCAUAAUAAUGUUCCAUGCAAAAACUGCAACUUGGAGUUUUUAAGAUUUGAGUUAAGGUCUAUGAUUAUGCAUUUAGAGCGAGCGUCGCUUCUCUAAAGUUUCUUAUAGUUAGUAGAAUAUCUAAUGUUGACUAUCCGAAUAAAGCGUAACCCCAAUUUCAAAUUAUUGUUCAUGAUGUAUGUGGUGUCAAAGCCUUUUUGAGACACUAUAAAAUAAAGGACACAAACAGGAAAUUUAUUUAACAGUAUUGUCAUCGGUAUGGGCAGAUGCAUGGGACUCACAAAGGCAGAUCAUAAGCUUUCAACUACCUGCUAAUGGCGCCUCUGCAUUUGGCUCAGCACGGAAACACAGCAAUGAUCAUCGGAUAACAAGAAAUACACCACUGGAACAACACAACUACAAUGUUGUUUUAAAUUGUUUUUGAGAUAUACAAGCUUCACGACUCUCCCCGGUCACAGACUGCACACGCAUGAUUCACAUCCUUCCGAACAAUCCCGCUCAGAUCUGGACUGAUUCUGUUUAUCAUGCACUUGAGGUCCGCAUUUGAAAAAAUACAAGUAUACUUGUGUAUUUUACAAUUUCAGUAACAUGUAAACAAUGUUACGUCCAAGCUACAAUUCCCAUAGGGUACAGUUCAUGAGACAUGAAAUAAGUAUUUGGGGACAAAUUCUGGAAUUUAAAAAUGGUAAGGAGCUAUCGACAUAUAACGUCAGGCAACAACAUUAAUAGUUGAAGAUGGUCUUUCCCUGAGUGGCGGUCAGGCGAAUAAAAAAAAAAAAAAAAAAAAAAAAAAAGAUGUCUGGUU